AAAUGCUUCCUUGUGUCAGAAAAAAAUAUUUAGUGUUCACCCUAUGGUUUGCACCCUAUUAGUUGCGCCGCAUGUAGGCAACCAACGACACACACACUUGAACUCGCACGAAUUCCAAUAACUAAAUGAUCCACGGAGCAAGAAGUGCCACGUUUAGGGGUAUGUUUGUAAUGGGGUGCAGGGCGCGAAGCGCCCUGCCUCCACUAAAAACCCGAUGUUACACCUACCCAUAUUGUUGACUAUAAAAGUUAGGUUAUGUUCGAAACGACUCUCCAUUGAAGAGUGUGCAAAUGGGAAAUUUAAUAAUUUUUUUGUGGCAAAAGUAAACAUUUCCACAACAUUUGAAGGUGAGGAACGUGAUCAGGGGGUCCUGUAGAAGAGUUCUGUGCAAACAGUUUGUACGAAAUCGAGAAGUGCUCUUUGUAAAAUUUUACCGUACUAUUUUGUUUGUAAUAAAAAUAAGUAAUACGCAACCAACAAUACAUCACAGCUACUAAUCGACUAAUUUCGCCAUCAAAAGAGUUCACGAACCCUCCCGAUCCCCUGCUUAUGUUAUCAGCUGACUAUCACUUGACAUCUGUCAACUAAUCACAAGUAUCAAAAUAUCUAAAUGAACCUCUCCCAACAACUUCCGUGUCUCAAUGAUAGUAAUUGGUUUGCAAGUGUGAGAAAAAGACAAAAAUCAUGGAGUUCGAAGCCUUCACGGCACGUUCGCGGAUGUGCAGAUGCCACUGCAGACGACGGUUCCCUUUGCAGCGCGAAACCAACCCCCUUUUUCGUGCCGUCUUGUCAAACGAUUUAAACGAAUUAAAAGCCUUAGUGGAAUCCGGCAAUUCUGUCAACAUACAGAACACGAAAGGAAGCGCUUUGCUGAAUUUUGUCAUGAGAAGGAAAAGAGUUGAAAUUUUUGACUAUUUAAUGAGCUUGGACGAAGUAGAUGUAAACUUUCUUGAUCGAUCGGAGCAGAGUCCGUUGAUAUACUUGGGUGGGAUUUGUUUUGAUGAAUACUUCGCGCUAGAGCUGAUUAAAAAAGGUGCUGAUAUACAUUCCACGGAUAGUUGUGGGUUCACAUUCUUGCACUUAGCUGCAAAGUGUGAAAGCGACGACAAUCUCAAUGUUGGUCAGUUAAUCAUCGAAAAGGGGGGCGAUUUAGAUUACCAGGCGCAAUAUGGGGUGACUGCUUUGUAUUGUGCGUGCGAAUCUGGGAAUUUUGACUGGGUUUGCAUGCUCUUGUACUAUGGUGCAGACGUAACCAUUGCCACAGAUCGAGGAGUGUUACCUGUAGCUGUAAUCUCACAAGAUAUCUCAGACAAACAGCAGCUCCAGCUGCAGGAAAUUCUUUUCAAUUACACGUUUGAUGAAAACAAAAUUAUAAUCAAACUUCCCACUUUAGUUGCAGCUAUGAUGUUAAACUCUGACUUGUUCCCAAAAAUUCUAAACCACAUUUCUGACGUCGAUUAUGACGUACAAGAUCUGCAAUACUUAGUUAGCUCUUUAAUACACGUAAAAUCCCAACAUUUGAAAUUGUUUAUUGAGCGGUUUGGAUACAUCGUGAAAGACAUGAUUGACAAUUACCCGCCCAUUUUUGAUGUACUCAUUAAAAUAGCUCUCAAUUGUGGUAUUAAAGGAGUAAAAGAAAUUGUAGAUAUUUUUUCAAAUAGCGCAUACAUAACAGAAUUUAUCCAAUCUUCGAACAUUUCGACUUCCACAAUCGCACUUCUUCUGGAGGUGCUUGGUAAUGAAGAUGAAUUAAACGAAGAAGACUUCACGAAAACAAUUUGUCUUCUGCUUUCUCACGGCCUGACUGUUACAUCGUGCGAUUUGGACGCGGUCUACCAGCAUUUUGGCUACUGUGAGUUGUUUAAAAUUUUACUCCACAUGGAUGUAUUUAUGACGAGUAGCAAUAUUGAUGAACAUUCGAUGGCUGUGUUAUUUUAUGAUCCUUUGUCAAAUAUCGACGAUCUUGUUGUUGAUGUUUCGCUGUGUACAAUUCUGUUGGAUUAUUUUAAUCAUCCUAAACUUAAAGACUUUAUAUUAAAAAAUUCAGACGACGGUGAGCAGCUGGAAAAGGUGAAAAAACUGCCACAAGUACCGCUUCUGGUUGAACUGAGUAGAAACGCUGCGAGGGAGUUUAUUGUAAAUAGGUUUCGUGUUAGGAAUUCCAUGCAGUUUUAUACAAUUUUACAGUGGCUUCCAAUUGGUGACAUGAACAAAAGCAUUAUUGCCUUAGAAAAGAAAUUGUAUUAGUGGGUGUAGACCUUGGUACGAGGAUACAGUUCAUUAUUGUGCCUUUGGAGACGGUGUAUUUUGGUGUCUGCUUUAAAAGUAGACGUUAUUUUUAAACGAUCUUCAAAACUAUUGUACUUAUUUAGGCUAUUUAAUACAGACUGUGAUUACUUGUUCAAUCAUUUUUAUUGUUGAAUAAGCAGCUAUUGUAAUACACAAGUUACGACGGUAUGUUGUUAAAAUACUCUACACAAAAAUUAACGCAAGGUGGAUAUUUAUUAUAUUGAUGUCGUUUUUUAAGGUAAGAUACGGCACAAAUCAAGAUUUUCUUGUACCUGCGUCUUCAAUAAACAUUUAUAAAGUUUUAUUGUGAUUUAUUAUGUGCCGGUGAGUUCAUCUAGCAAAAAAUACCACCUUUUUGCCAUUAUCAUUAAAAGUUAAUUUUUGUGUACGUGAAGCGUAAACCCACCUGAUUUUUGUUGGGAGUAUAUACACUGACCGGCAAGAAAAACCGGCCACCCUGAAAAAUUUCGCUAAACCACUUUAAAAAUUACUAAUUUAAGUAGGGAUCGUUAUUUUAUUAAAGAACCAUUCACUAUUGACACAUGUUGUACAAAUUAGGAAAAAAAGAAGACAUAUAAACGCAGAAUUAAAUUUAAUUUAAUAAAAUAACAGAAACAGACCGAGUACGAUAUUUUCUUAAUUAAAACAAUAAAGGGGGCUGUUGUUGUAAACAGUGUUUUUCAUCAUUUGAGUAUAAGUUUGGCAGUUAAUAAAUGUUUUCACGUGAAACUCUUACAGACGUCUCUCAAAUUGUCGCUCUGAUUGAAGAUGGUCGUAGUCAGCGCUAUGCAUAUUUUUCAGGCUGGCCGGUUUUUUUGCCGGUCAGUGUGUACAAAUUUGCAACUUGGUUUUUAUAAGGUUAAGCCUGUUUAGAUACAACACUAAAUUUAUUUUACUAAAUAAUUUUAAUUAAAAUAUAUAUUUAACUUAAAUUAAGUACGAACGCGGCUUACUUCAUGAAAACGAGGCAAGUCGGUAUUAAUCUAUUGAUUUUUUAAUUUCCAUUCCUAUUCGCAAUAAAUUUAGUGCUACGUCAAAACAGUGUUAGCUUUGGAAUGGAUUGAAAAUUCAUGCAGCAAACAAUAUGUAAAAUACAAUUAACGCUUAACUGUUUUGUGUUCAAUUUAUCACGUGUUCUUUUAUUAUGCAUACGUGUAUUAAAAUACAGUGCUGCAGUUUAA